AUGGCACGGGCAACAACCAUCAAGGAAGCACUCGGACGCUGGUCGCAGGAGAACGACGGCAUCGAUCCGACGCAAGCCAAAGACAUCCAGCUGCAAUUUCAAUGGCCUCCGAUUGAGAAAAUGGAUGGAACCUUAUCUACGCUGACCGAAUGCGAGAAGCUUAGUCUGUCUUCCAAUAUGAUCGAUAAAAUAGUCGGAGUCGGUGGAAUGCGAAACCUACGGAUUCUUUCGCUAGCACGAAAUUACAUAAAAUCGUUGAAUGGAAUUGAACCCCUCGGGGAAACGCUGGAAGAGCUCUGGGUUAGCUACAAUCAGAUCGAUAAGCUCAAGGGUGUGGAAAGUUUGAAGAAACUGAAGGUACUCUACAUUGGAAACAACUCCAUUCGCGAGUGGGGUGAGUUCAACAAGCUGCAGUCGGUGCCGACACUGGAGGACUUGUUGUUCGCCGGGAAUCCUCUGGUGGAAAACAUUGACGAGAGUGCCUACAUCCGCGAAGUUCAGAAGCGCCUUCCGGCGCUGAAAAAGUUAGACGGGGAAAAUAUGUUAACGGAUGAAGAUUGA